GCGAAGCAACAUCAAUCCGAAAGAUACAGAUACAUAAAAAAGAGAAAACCGCCAAGAACAAAGUGAACGAACUCAAAAAAAUACGAAAGAAAUAUACGUGUGCGAGAGACAACAACAAAGAACUACACAAAAAAACUUGAUAAACAUUCAUUGUGCCGAAGAGAAAGUCAUUGAGUCAUCAUCUUCUUGUGUAAUUCCAAACUUUAAAUUAAAUUACUUAAUAAAAGCGGAGUUAAAACAAAACUUAAAGAAACAGCAGCAAUGGCAGUGGCAUUCUUCAUACCCGAUCAGGCGACUUUGCUCCGAAAAGCGGAGCAGGAUGAGCGGCAAAUCCUGCGAAUGCGGGAAACCCAAUGGCGUUUCCUGGCCACCAUUGUCCUGGAAACCCUUCAGCAGUUCAGCCAAUACAGCUUGCCCAAGUCGGGCAGAAAAUCUGGAAAAUAUCGCAAACCAUCGCAGUGAGGAGAAGGAGGAAAAGCUUGAGUAAACCACAACUACAGCUACAGCGGCAAACUAUAGUCCAGUCCAAAAGCCAGAGUACAAAGGAAAUAAGCAUCAGCCAACCCAAAAAAAUAACAAAUAAUAAGGAAAAUCAUUCAUCAUGCAUCAGCCGAUACUCUAAAAGCAACCAGAAAACCCACCCAAUUUUUUAGUUUACUCAUCAAAGCGAUUGUGAUAAUGGUUU